GGCUCACUAUCAUCGAUCUUGUGAAAAUGUAUCGCACCACAGCGACAAUGCCCAUCUAGUUGUCGACACCUAUUGGAUCUCAUUCUUCUCUUGUAUCAUUAGACUGCACUUCCAUUUUCCCCAAGCCUGUGCGGGCGCGACCAGAUGCCUACGCCUCAGAGCAACGAGAACAUGCUGCCGGCGCCUUCAAUACACUCCUCAUGCCCACCCGACGAGGACAGAUCAAGCUGGAGGAGUAUAGAGAUGGAAGACGGCCUCGUUGAAGCGAACGUACCCGCGCCAGAAGUGCUUCAGCAACCAAGCCCUUCGCCGCCCGAGUCUCAUACAACCGGUUCAACGGAUACCCACAUUGCAGAGCAGCAACAAGGCAAACGAAUGGAUAUCGACGAAGAGGCUUCAGCACCUGAUAUGCUAUCGCCUAUGAGUACAGAGACAGACAAGCAACAAGAUGAGAGUGACCUACAUCAAUUGACUCGCUCUGAUCUUGGCUCACCCUCGAUGGGCUAUGACUUCUCCAACAUCCGACUCAUACCUUCUUCUCCUUCAUCCUUCCUGCGCGCGGGCAGCAAGUUCAAGGGUACUCAGCAAUCGGAGCGCUCAGAAUACGCAGUCCAGGUUGAAAUCAAGCACGUUGAUAUGAGAGAGUCAUUUCUCUGUGGAUAUCUUCGAAUUCAAGGACUGACCGACGAACACCCAACCCUCACUACCUAUUUCGAAGGCGAGAUCAUUGGAUCGAAAUACACGUUCCUCACUCAACAUCAAGACUGGGGCUCGACUGACAAGGUCGAUCUACAACAUUGGGCAAAAUUCUCCGCUUUCCGACCAUUUCAGAAGCAAGCCCGGAAGGGCAACUUUCAUAUUCCGGGAAUGGCGCAACGAGAGAAUAUCUUCAUGAGGUGGAAGGAACAUUUUUUGGUUCCUGAUCACCGAGUGCGAACAAUCACUGGGGCUAGUUUUGAAGGCUUUUACUACAUCUGCUUCAACCAGAUUCAGGGGACGGUCAGCGGAAUAUACUUCCAUGCAAAGAGUGAGAAGUUUCAACAACUAGAAUUGAAGCAUGUUGAGGAUCGAGGAUGCUUCGCAGCCAUGGAAUUUCGAUGAAUGACGAGUGACGACCAUUGGGAGAUACAACUUGGAAAGGAAACAGAGGGAACAGGUACCCUUCUUCGGCAACAGGACAGGAGGGAACUUGUAAACGUGCAUGGCAUCGGGGUUUUACAUACGAAUGCGAAUAGCCCGUCAAGGGGUACGGCAUUCGAGGAGUUAAUUUGAGAACUCUUUGCUUUCAGCGUUCAGAGUGUAGGUACGGCAUGGCAUCGUGUCGGCCGUGAAUAUUGAACUCUUGAUUCACUUGCAAUGUAUCGGGGUCAAAAGGCUGAAAUAGAUUGUGACCUACCACUCUUUUUCUCUGGAUCAUGGGGCAUCCGACAUCCC